AUGAUGUCCUCAGUGCAGUCCAUCGCAGUCCUGCCCAGCACAACACACACUGCAACGGUGAUAUUUCUCCAUGGUUUAGGCGGCUCCGGAUAUGAUUGGAAAACUACCGCAGAAUCGUUUCAAAAGGACAUGGACCUGGCUCAUAUAAAAUGGGUGCUUCCUCAUGCGCCAAAACGGGUGGUGACCGUUUAUAAGGGAGAGGUCAUGCCAGCGUGGUACGAUAUCAAGGGUUUCAGUCCUGCAGAAAACAGGAUUUCCGAUGAGGAGGGGAUGAUGGUUUCGAUGAAGGAGAUCAUGCAACUUAUCGAGGCAGAGAAAAGGAGCGGAAUUCCCUACAGUCGUAUCGUCCUUGGUGGGUUUAGUCAAGGAGCGGCAAUGGCUCUGCUAGUUGGAUUGACGGGAGAGGAAAAACUUGCGGGCUUGAUCCCAUUGAGUGGCGCCCUGCCAUUACGAUUCAAAUUCAAGGAUUUAAUUUCCCCACAUGCCACGUCAGUUCCGAUCUUCUGGGGACAUGGUUCUGCAGAUACUUUGGUGACCUACGAGUUGGUGGCAAAAUCCUUGAACUUGCUUGAAUCACUCGGAAUCGUAGUAAGGAGAGGAUGCAAAGAUGCUGGUCCAGGGGUGGCGUUCAACAUCUACGAUGGCCUUCCACACGAGACCAACUCAUUUGAAUUGUCGGAUUUCGGGAAAUGGCUGAAGAAAAUCGUUCCAGCAGGACGAAGGAGCCAAGAACGUGAAUGAACCUUGUUGUGAUAGCCAUAAAUUCUAUCAAGGUAUCCCGUAAGAUGGC